CUGAGCGGGGAGGCGCCAUCUUGUUCCUGUGUGAGGCGGCGGGGCCGGGGCAGCGCCGAGGGCAGCGCCCGCCGCCAGCCCGGGCCCGGCAUGGACACCGACUACUACGGCGGGGAGCAGUCAGACGAUGGAGGAGCUACUCCAGUGCAAGACGAGCGAGACUCGGGAUCUGAUGUGGAAGAUGAAGGAAAUGAGCAGCAUUCUGGAUCGGAGAAUGGAAGUGUAGGGCACCAUUCAGAGAAUGAACACAGCGAUGGAGAAGAUGAUGGGCAAGUGGGAGAGCCUCAUAUGACAGACUCUGAAAAUGAAGAUAUCCCAAGGCAAAAGGACAGUGAUUCAGAUAAUGAGGAGCCUCCAAAUCACAAUGUGAGUGAUUCAGACAAUGAAGCAGCUCAUGGAGGGAAAGACAGUGAUUCUGAUGCUGAGGAGCAUCCAAACCGGCCUUUAAGUGACUCUGAAAACGAGGAGGCCUUAAAUCAUCGAGCGAGUGACUCUGAUAAUGGAGAACCUCCCAGGGACCCCAGCAGUGAUUUUGAAAACGAGGAGUCCCACAAGCAGCCGGGCAGCGACUCGGAGAGCGAGGAGCUCCAGAAGCAGCCGGGCAGCGACUCGGAGAGCGAGGAGCUCCGCAAGCGGCCGGGCAGCGACUCGGAGAGCGAGGAUGUCACCAGGCACAAACAGAUUGAGUCUGAGGAGAGCGACGGGGAGGACAGGAAGGAGGAGGUGCAGAAUGACUCUCAUCAUUCAGAUAAUGAACACGUAAGGGAAGGAUUUCAGGGCUCUGACAGUGAAGAUGAAGCUCCUAAGAGACGUAAAAUAUCGGACAGUGAUGAAGAUGAGAAAGAGGAGGAGAAGACAGUGAAGAGGAAAACAGCCAUACUUUCUGACAGUGAGGAUGAGAGCGAGAAAACACCAGCUGCAAAAAAGGUACGAAUCCUUUCUGAUGUCGAAGAAUCAGACAGUGAUGCUGCUUCGGAGAAGUCUGACAAAAGGAAGAAAAACAUUGUAUCAGAUAGUGAGGAGGAAGAAGAAGAAGAAGAAGAAAGAAAAGAGAAUGCUGGGAAGAAGAAAGAAGAGAAAGAUCUGUUUGGCAGUGACAGCGAAUCUGGAAAUGAACAAGAGAACCUGAUUGCAGAUAUAUUUGGAGAAUCUGGUGAUGAGGAAGAGGAGGAAUUUACAGGUUUUAACCAGGAGGAUUUGGAGGAAGAGAAAGGUGAUGGAGACAUGAAGGAGACAGCAGAUGAAUCAGACUCUGAUGAUAACAUCAAAAGAGGGAAGCACAUGGACUUCAUGUCAGAUUUUGACAUGAUGCUCCAGCGGAAGAAAAGUAUGAGCGGCAAGCGCCGGCGGAACCGCGAUGGGGGAACGUUCAUCAGUGACGCGGAUGACGUGGUCAGUGCCAUGAUUGUCAAGAUGAAUGAAGCUGCUGAGGAGGAUCGACAGCUGAAUACACAAAAGAAACCAGCACUAAAGAAAUUAACUUUGCUACCAACUGUAGUUAUGCAUCUUAAAAAGCAGGACCUCAAAGAAACUUUCAUCGAUAGUGGUGUUAUGUCUGCCAUCAAAGAGUGGCUUUCUCCUCUUCCAGACCGAAGUCUGCCAGCACUAAAGAUACGGGAGGAGCUUCUGAAGAUCCUGCAGGAGCUGCCCAGUGUGAGCCAAGAGACCCUGAAGCACAGUGGGAUUGGACGGGCUGUGAUGUAUCUCUACAAACACCCCAAAGAGUCGAGGCCAAACAAGGACAUGGCAGGGAAGCUGAUCAAUGAAUGGUCUCGACCCAUCUUUGGCCUUACCUCAAACUACAAAGGCAUGACCAGAGAAGAGAGGGAACAGAGAGAUUUGGAACAGAUGCCUCAUCGAAGGAAAUUGAGCAGCUCUGGUGGGCAGACUCCCCGCAGAGACCUGGAGAAAGUGUUAACUGGAGAGGAAAAGGCUCUCAGGCCUGGGGAUCCCGGGUUCUGUGCCCGUGCGAGGGUGCCCAUGCCCUCCAACAAGGACUACGUGGUCAGGCCAAAGUGGAACGUGGAGAUGGAGUCCUCCAGGUUCCAGGGGACCUCUAAGAAAGGGGUGAGUCGACUGGACAAACAGAUGCGGAAAUUCACAGAUAUCAGGAAAAAAAGCAGAUCGGCCCAUGCAGUGAAAAUCAGCAUUGAGGGUAAUAAGAUGCCAUUGUGACCCUUCACAGAAUACCCCAUGAGCUCUGCUGUAAGACAGUGCACCCACAGACUCUUUGGAGACCUUUAAAUAUUUUUUACAACUUGUUUGGGGUUUUUUUAAGUGAAUCUUUGAAUUGUUGGUUCAGGUUCUGGUAGAAGAUGUUGUCUGAGGACUGUGAAUAUGAAGACUUCUUUCUCCUGAUUGUAUUUAAACUGGCCCUAUCAUGUCCUUUGUACAGAUCAUGUAUUUGUUGUAUUGCAACACUUCAGACAAUAAAACAUCUUCUGUUUUUUUGG